ACCCAGUUGCCAAUCGGGAUCAAGCAUUUGGUAUUCUUAGAGGGUGUCUACAUGGGCGAGCAUUAGAAUGGUUUGAUCGAAAAAUUCUUGCACAGAUAAAUACUAGUAAUAGCUUUAGAAAUUCUUUAAUUGCCCAUGACUAUACAAAUACUGCUAGUAAUAAUGCAGUAACC